AUGGCGCCUCACCCAGUUUUCAUCGACCCCACGGACGAUUUUGCACCCGUCCCCUCCGCGGCUGCGACCUCUGCGAAGCGCAAUCUUCUUCUCGCCCCACCAUCUGUCGCCGCUCACGAGGAGAAGCUACGUCAAGUCUUCACCACCUUUGACCGUGCCAACACCGAUCUACAGAUGCUCGAUCGACUGUCCGCCGGCUUCGUGUCUCUACCCGCCACUACGUACGACCUAGUUCUCGUUCUCACCGACGCCGAUGGCUCACGGGCCGCCGAGACUGCUCAGUUGCUAAACCGCCACCUAUUUGCCUCGCUGGUCCCCGCCAUGAGGGUCGGCGGCAAAUUGCAGUUUCAGGGCGGUGAGCUGGGCGCGACCGAGUCCAGGGAGGCCGUUCUCUCGGGCCUUGUUGCCACGGAUGGUGGAUUCGAGAAGCAGGAGGAGGAGGCGGUCGUCAUACCUUUGCGCUUCGGCAAGAAGAAGACGCCCGCACCAGUCCAGAAGUUUGACUUUAGCAAAUUGGAUGAUGACGACGAUGAUGAGUUGAUUGAUGAGGAUAAUUUGUUAGACGAAGAAGAUCUCAAGAGGCGACCCAAAGCGCCAACCGAGUGCCAACCCCAAAAGCGCCGCCGGUCUUGUAAAGAUUGCACUUGCGGACUGGCCGCCAAAUUCGAAGCAGAAGAGAAGGAGCGCCGAUCGCAAGCCAACGCUGGCCUUGAAGCCAUCAGGCUGGACGCAAACGACCUCAAUGAAUUGGAUUUCACAGUCAAGGGCAAGACGGGCUCGUGCAACAACUGCUCACUAGGGGAUGCGUUCAGGUGCUCGACAUGCCCAUUCAUCGGGCUACCAGCAUUCAAGCCGGGUGAGGAGGUGCGCAUUUUGAACGAGGUGCAGCUGUAA